AGCCGUGUUGGCUCAGUUUUUGUGUUAAAUCAGUCUUCUAGCUAGCUCAAGCCGAGGCAACAGACAAUCCGCUCGUCGUCAGAUAGUCUGUCUCGUCUCGACCUUGCGCUUGUUUGAUGGAUGGCCGCAGCAGUCUGAAUGACGAGCCGCUGUGUCAGAGCCCGACAGCAUUGAACAGCGCUCGAGUGCGAUACAAGAUUUUGGCAUCCUAUGCCAGCGCUCGCUUAGGAGCCCAAGUGUGGGUUUUUGCCAUCCCGCCAGUCCUCGUCGAGUUCACCCCAGAAUCUGUCGUUGCCCCGGCAUUGUGGGGCAUGUCGACCAUGUUGGCAACAGUCAUUCUGGGGCCAAGCCUGGGGAGACAGGCAGACAGGACAUGCAGACUGAUGGUGAUCACAUCGAGCGUGCGUGUGCAGUGCGUCACGGUGAUCGGCUCGAUGGUUGUGAUUGCACUGGGCGUGUUACGCUUCCGCAGCAUGAGUGGCAACUGGACGUUGUUGACGAUGUUCAUCGCAUGCGAGGUCUUGGCGAAGCUUGGAGAGCAGCUGGCGGAUGUCUCGCUGAAGCGGGAGUGGGUGCCGCGGCUGUUCAGCGGCGAGACUUUGCAAACCCUGAACUCGGCGAUGUCCUUUAUCGACCUCUCCGCGCAGGUCGUCAGCCCGCUCAUCGCGAGCCUGCUGGUUGCCCUGGGCGCUUUCUCCGCGCACAGGUCCAGCGGCCUUGAUCCGAAUAACUUCUGCUUGGUGGCCGCGGGCGCUCUCCAUGCGGCCUCGCUCUGGCCUCAGCUCCAGCUGCUGCGCAGCGUGCACGGCUCCCACGCCGAGCUCCUCCGGCCAGCGCCCGAGCCGGCCAGCGGAGGCGCAGGGAAGCGGGGAGGCCCGGGGCCGCCGGAGGGAGGCGCGUGGUCCGCGUGGCGCAGGCACGCGGGCGGCCUGCCCCUCCUCUCGCUGUCCGAGGCGCUCCUCUACCUGACCGUGCUGAGCCCCGCCAGCGCGAUGCUCCGGGGCAUCCUCCAGCUGAGGCGGGUGCCCACCUGGCAGGCCUCGCUCGCCGGGGCCGCGGGCGCGGCCCUGGGCGCGGGCGGCACGCUGGCGCGGCCCGCGCUGGGCCGCCGCUUCGGCGAGCGCGCCGCCGACGGGGUGAGCGUGUGCUGGGAGGCCGCGUGCGUGGUGUCGGCGGCGCUGUGCUACCGCGCCGCGGCGGCCACGCCCGAGGGGGGCAGCCUGCCGAUCCUCGCGUUCCUGGGCGCGGCCUGCGCCAGCAGGCUCGGGCUCUUCGCCUUCUGCCUCGGGAUGCUGAACAGGAAGCAGCGGCUGGUGGAGGCGCGCUGUCGCUCCGCGGUCGGCGCGGUGGACGCAGCACUCACGUCUGCGGGGUCCCUCCUCACGUACACUGCGGGGUUGUAUCUGGGCCACGCUUCCCAGUUCUGGCUGCUGGUCGACCUGUCGGCCUUUUUCGUGACCUGCGGCGCUUGCGUGUAUCUUCUAUGGGCUGCCCUGUACGACAGGGGGGACCCUGGCAGUGCGCGUGACUUGGGGCCACAGCAGCAGCAGCACACGCUCGAGAUGGAGGACAUGAGCGAGUUGUGUGAUGGCUCUACCAGUUAGCACAGGCUGGGGUUUUGAGACGCUGUAAAUCAGAGGGGAUGUUUUUUUUUGUUCAGAGCGGACGGUGCUGCACGAGUUUGUUUCGAGGGCGUGGAGUUGACAUCUAUUGUGGCCAGCAUGGCUUCUGGUGGUUGCUAGCCUGUGCUGAUCUUUGACCACAUGGCAGAGUGGAGCGCUAACGAGCCGUAGCCCGAGUGGAAUUGGGCGAGUAGGAAGCCAGACUGGUGACUGGUUUAGCGCAUGUGUGGUGAGCGGCGGCUGCGUGUGCAUCCCCAUGCGUUUAGUGGGAAACGUGUGGCCGAGAAGCUGAAUUCUGGCACCUCUGCUGACAGUUUCGCUAGAACUGCGCGCGCUUGCGUGGCUCGGGGCAACCAGCAAAGUCAACGAACGACAUCAGAAGGGACGUCAACUGCGCGAACACUUGCGUGCGUAUGCUUCCCGCGUAACGUCGCGCGCCUGCGCCACGCCUG